GCUGGCCCACUCGCAGGAAAGUGGUGAGAGUGUGUGCACACGGAUGGCCUCCCAACUUCUACAGCGACGCACCUCACACUUGUACUGACUUAGUGCCAGUGCCGCAGAGAGAACCUUCAAACUUAACGGGAGGGAGGAACAAACAUGUGACAGCCCCGCUCUAGCACCAGGAGGCCAACGCCGCCAAGCAGGGGGACUAGUUAGUGGUCGCAGACCUGAGCAGCUUAUCAGUCUUUUCUUUGUCCUCGUAUAACCACCCUGGGCCUUUUUUAAUUCCUGCGUGUGAAAAGGGAACCAUAUAGUAUUUUUUAUUUUUUGCUAUGACUUGAAUUAUAAAGACAAAUGAGAUGAAAUCACAAACUCGGGAAAGAGGACUCUGCGUGAGUGAGUUGAAGAUUCCUUUCCAUUUCAAGGAGAGAAGUCAAGAUAUUAUUACCCGGUGAAAAAAUGAUGUAGUUUCAUCGUAACCUUCUUUUCCUAUACUUCCAGGUUCCCUCUGGAAGGCUAUGAUGGGAAUGAGCGUGACAACUUGGACGGUUCCCCUGACUCGCGGCCUCUGCCUGGAAGUUCAUCCUUUAGAAGUCAGGAAACUGCUGCCCUUGGUGGUGGACUCCCGGGAACAAGACGCGGUGUAGACCGAAAUGGAUGAGAGCAGCUCGAGGACCCCCGGACGUGUGCUCCCCGUGGUCUAGUCCAGGGACGCCCCUCGCGGGCCGGGUGGUCUGGGAUGAACGCCGCGGCUGCUGGACGCGUGGCUGAUCCCUGAGCGAGGAUGGUGCGCCGGGGGCUGCUCGCCUGGGUCUCCCGGGUGGUGGUCUUGCUUGUGCUCCUCUGCUGCGUCGUCUCUGUCCUCUACAUGCUGGCCUGCACGCCAAGGGGCGACGACGAGCAGCUGGGGCUGCCCAGGGCCAGCGGCCCCACGGGGAAGGAUGGGUACCAGGCAGCGAUGCAGCAGCGGGAGGAGUAUCACCGCGAUGACAUCAGCAGCCUCAAGAGGCAGAUUGCGCGGCUCCAGGAGGAGCUGCAGGAGAGGAGCGAGCAGCUCAGGACCGCGCAGCAUCUGGCGGGCGGCCCCGCGGGCCCCCCCGGGAGGGCCCAGGCCGACCUGCUGGCCUUCCUGCGCUCCCAGGUGGACAGGGCAGAGGUGCACAGCGGCGUCAAGCAGGCCACCGAGUACGCCGCUGUGCCCUUUGACAGCUUCACCCUGCACAAAGUGUACCAGCUGGAGACGGGCCUGACCCGCCACCCUGAGGAGAAGCCCGUGCGCAAGGACAAGCGGGAUGAGCUGGUGGAGGUCAUCCAGCUGGCCGUGGACGCCCUGAACAGCCCGGCCGAGAGCGGCCCCGACCAGCGUCCUUACGCGGCCUCGGACUUCAUCGAAGGGAUCUACCGCACAGAAAAGGAUAAAGGCACUUUGUACGAGCUCACGUUCAGAGGGGACCACAAGCACGAGUUCAGACGCCUUGUGUUGUUCCGACCGUUUGGCCCCAUCAUGAAGGUGAAGAAGGAGGAGCUGAACAUGGCCGGCACGCUGGUCAAUGUCAUCGUCCCACUGGCCAGGAGGGUGGACAAGUUCCGGCAGUUCAUGCAGAAUUUCAGGGAGAUGUGCAUCCAGCAGGAUGGGAGAGUUCAUCUCACCGUCGUUUACUUUGGAAAAGAAGAAAUGAAUGAGGUCAAAGGAAUACUUGAAAACACUUCCAAAGCCGCCAACUUCAGGAACUUCACCUUCAUCCAGCUGAACGGGGAGUUCUCUCGGGGAAAGGGGCUGGACGUGGGCGCCCGCUCCUGGACGGGCCGCAACGUGCUGCUCUUCUUCUGCGACGUGGACAUCUACUUCACCUCCGAGCUCCUCAACACCUGCAGGCUGAACACGCAGCCAGGGAAGAAGGUAUUUUAUCCGGUCCUUUUCAGUCAGUACAAUCCUGGCAUAAUAUACGGCCAUCAUGACUCGAUCCCUCCCUUAGAAAAGCAGCUGGUCAUAAAGAAGGAAACUGGGUUCUGGAGAGACUUCGGGUUCGGGAUGACGUGCCAGUACCGGUCCGACUUCAUCAACAUAGGUGGGUUCGACCUGGACAUCAAAGGCUGGGGCGGCGAGGACGUGCACCUUUACCGCAAGUACCUGCACAGCAACCUCAUUGUGGUGCGGACGCCCGUGCGGGGCCUCUUCCACCUGUGGCACGAGAAGCGCUGCGUGGACGAGCUGACGCCCGAGCAGUACAAGAUGUGCAUGCAGUCCAAGGCCAUGAACGAGGCGUCCCACGGGCAGCUGGGGAUGCUGGUCUUCAGGCACGAGAUAGAGGCCCACCUCCGCAAACAGAAACAGGAGACAGGGAGCCAAAACACAUGAGCUCCCAGGGGCCCCUGUGGGGAGACGGUUUAUUUUUUUCCUUUUGCAAUUACCAAAUGAAUGGCUGCAACAAGGAAAAGAUUGCCCUGAAGGGCAAGAAAAGAAUUUGACUGAUGAAAAGAAUUUGAUUAGUAAAGCAGGCGAGGGGAGAGCCUCCUGUUUCCCUCUGCCUGUUCAGCUUCUGCAACAGGAACCAAAACCCCUCAGCCUGGCCUGCAGAAACAGCCGAAACGCACCCGUCCGGUGUCUGACAAAGGCUGCCUGAUUGUGAGAUCGUGAGCCUAAUGGUGUGUUUACAGCAAAGCAAGGGCUGUUUGUUUUCUGUGCUUACUGAAAUAUUCAUGAACGAAGACAAGUUUUGUAAAAAGUUCAUUAGAAUGGAAGGCCAGCACAUCCCUCCCCAUAUGAGUGAUUAUCAGCGGGGCUCUAGUGUCUGGGAUGCUGAAAUGUCAGGAGGCCAGUGAGGAGAGACCGUGUGAAAUUCAAAGAUACACUCAUCGUGAUCUUUGUGACUAUAUCAAGCAAAACCAAAUGGACUAAAAACUAAAAAAAAAAAAUCCAUAGCUAUUGUAUCAUCUCCACCCAAGAUUAACUAAAAAUAACCUGCUCAUCCAUCUUUUUGGUUGUAGUUUUAACAAUCUCUGUUAAUUUUAUUUAAAAUGCACUUUUUUGGCUUAUGAGUUAUAUUCUGCUUAUUUAAUUACCAGUUCGCAAGCCUUACUAAGAGAGCAUAAGUUAGCUACCUUUUUACAUUUUUUUGAGAAGAUACUUUUAGCUGCAUUAUGAGAACUUUUCAGUUCAGAGCAUCGGAUUGUUACCCACAUCCGAGGACGUGGCAGUCGCUGACCCUGCGGGCACUGGACGGCAGAUGGUCAUCGUAGGGAAGGCGUGGCCUGGGGCUGCUGGCCGAACGAGACGCACGGAUACUUUAUCUGAAGAGUAUUUCCGGAGAGGAGCAACUGAACACUGGAGGGAAAGGAAAGUGUACUUUUUACCUUAACAGAAAAGGAAACAUUCAGACUGGUGAUAGAAGUCAGAAAACACAUUUUCUCCUCAGGGGAACUGGGGACAACUUUCUUACCUGUUUAAAUAAACCAAAGCAGACUGUGUGAACCAAACAUUCUCUUUUCCAAGCAGGGUGCUGUUCCUGGCUUCUGGCUUCCACGAGAAGAAACGCAGGAAAAUGUCUUUUGUGAAAGGUCACUCCAUCUGCCAGCAUCCAGCGGGACGGAUGAUUGUGCUGUGUGUUCACCCACCCCAGCCAAGGGGCAGUAACUAAUUAUUUUUUAAAUUAAGCUGUUCUACCCAGUCAACCAAGAUGCUUCUGAAAAUCGCCUUUUAUUAUAGUUUCCAACUAUUUAAAAAAAAAUAAACGCAGUUAACAUUGAGUGGUUUCUACAUUCAUGUGAAAAUUAUUUAUUAGCCAGCAUCAGAUGCAUGAGCUAAUUAUCUCUCUGGGUCCUUGCCUUCUGUUUGCCGACAGUCGACUCAUUGUUUAAAAGCUUCAGGAACAUUCAAGCUGUUGGUGUGUUAAAAAAAAAAAAAAAAAAAUGCUUUGUAUUGAUUUGUACUGGUAGUUCAUAAAAUUUAAUUAAAA